AUGUCUUCAUUAUCUUCGUAUGUAUUUCCAGUCGACUACUUGUCGUCCGCCGCCAUCGGCGCUUUGUCUCCAUCUAUGUACCCUCGCGCGCGCUCAGCCACGGAGUCGCCUCCACGCUCCAAGAGCCUGCGCCCAGAGCCCGCGGAGGAGGUGCCUCCUCGCGCCGAGAACCUGGCUCUGAUAGACCGGAGCCUCUCUUUUUUCGUGGCGGCGAAUGCCGGCCUCGCCCGCGCGCGCAGCCGAAGAGUCGCCUCCACGCGCCAAGAGACUGCUUCGGAGGCCUUGGCUCCACGCGCCAAGAGACUGACUCUGCAGAGCGUGUGGAGCGGAUACCUCCCCUCGCCAAGAGUAUUAUUGAGCAUACGGGUCCCGAACCCAGCCACCAUCACCACCCCCGCUUCAACCAGAUUGACCGAUGGAAAGAUAUUCGAAUACGAACUGUUCGUCAGGGUCCAGAAAAACGGCCAAUCCGAUUCGAAGAUGAUGCGGAUGUCGUCAAAGGGUCGGGUCGUCCCCAUGGAGCUAAACCUCGACAAGCUGGACUUUUCCCUGCUCAAAACCCUGGUAAUCCAGCACCUAGGAAACAUCAUAUCUCCUCAUCAAAUUGUGAGCCAAAAAUUCUGA